AUGGCCACGUUGCCCUUAGGAACUGAUUCAGGUAUAACAAAACUCCAUGUCUUUUCGGCAGAGAAGUAUGGAAAUCGUAUAAAGAUUUUUCAUAAUGAUACUUUUCGAAUUCAACUGCAACGAUAUUUAUCGACAACGUACAACACUAAGAGUUCCAUUGAUCUAACAGAUGUACAAAAUGUUAAUGUAGAACUGAUUGGAACCAAACAAAACGUCAAAGAAGCACGCGAAAUAUUGAAAAAUCUUUUGGAGUCCAUGCAAGAACAAAUUUUCAAUCGAGAUAAAACUGAUCAACGAGUGAUAUAUUGGGCUCAGAACAUUGUUUCUGAUUCAAUUAGCUCAGUCAUACAAGAAAUAAUGUCCAAAGAAGAACUUUUUACUCUUUGCGAUAAAACCGCGAUGUUCCAUGGCUACUUGAGAACAAUCUAUUUUACUCGAGCACCUUUUGCGACUACCGUUGAGAAGAUCAGUGAAUUACUAGCACGUGAGAUUGCUUAUAUUGCAGAUGUGGGCAUGCCAAAAGAACAAACGAAAAAUUUCAUUAAAGCUAUCGAUGAAUUUAUUGCAAUGAAACAACAUUCCGAGUUCACAUUUAUCCAAUGUCGCUAUCCAUUGAAAGCUGAGAUUAAAUUAGGUUUAUUCGGACAAAAAAAUUUAUUGAAAAACAUCAGAAAACAAUUGCAAUUGCUUUUCAGUAAAUACAGGAUUCAGACGCAUCGACUGAAGAUCAAUCCGCUUCAACAAGAAUAUUUAUUGGAUCAUUGCCGAGAACAAAUUCAAGAUAUUGAGAAUGAAUACUCUGAUGAUAACGUGAAAAUUCGAAUAAGAUCGAAAGAAUUCAAUGCACCCCAGUACUUAAUCGAUACGAUCAAACAGAAGUUGAAUAAUUUCAUCACCUAUUCAGCCAUUUGUCAAUUUCGGAAGUUGGGCAAGACAUUUUCAUUGACUAGUAAUGAACGUACACAAAUUGAUCAAAUCGCUCGCAGAAAUUAUUGUCAAAUCGAAGCAAUCGAUGUUCAAACCGACUGGAUUGUUUGUACUAUUCCGAAAGCAUCACCUACGAAAUCAACAAAUACGUCAAAUAUGAUUAUUCAACGCUCCAAUGAACUGUCAUCAAUGUUAACCAUGAAAAAGGUUUCAGUAUCAGAGAACUCGAUUGAAAUUUAUUUAACUGAACACACUGCUUCUGUGCCGAGAGAUGUGACGAUUAUUUCAUCGCAUGCUGCUGCCACUGAAGAAGGAGUUCAAUUCAAGGAUGAUCAUGAAUAUUUCGAGAUAAGGUCAGUUUCCCCAAUCGAUAAUGACGACGAAACUAAUAAGAAGUUAAAGAAAUCUAUCCGAAGAUUUAUUUCCUCAACUUUACAAGCUGUUGUGAACUGGUGUUCAGACGCUGAAACACUUGUCUUUACCACGAAUGAGUGGGAGAAAAUCGAAACCGGACAACAAAAUCAUUUUGUUGAGAUGUUCAUCGAUCAACUCGUACGAGAACUUCAAGCACAAAACAGAAAAUGGAGAAUUCUAUUGCUAUUCAAUCAAAACGAUCUUUACAGCAUAUUCCAUCGAGUCCUGCACAAACUACAAACUGAUCAGGAUGGCGAUGCUCAACUCUCUUGCCCGGUUUCGUUCAUUCAGAUUAAGCUGAAUACAACAUCUGAUCGUGAUCUACUUAAGUGUGAACAUGAAAUCAACGAUUAUGUUUGGAAGAACAUUGUCACUAAUAGAACUGUUACCGUAUCUCAAUGGAAUCAACCAAUGUUCAAUGCUUUUUGUAGCUAUUGUUUAACAAAAUCGGUAUUACCAGAAAUAAGCGAUGAUUUACAGUUAAAUCUGACCGGUUCAAUAUUGGACGUAGAAAAGGCGAUUACUAAAUAUCAGUUGAUGAAUGAUAUUUCCAAAGAGUUACCAUUGACUAUGCAUAAUGACACAUCGUCUGUUGGCUACAAUAUUUACUUCAGUUAUUCUCGAUCGGAUCAAUCGUUUUGUAAACAGUUAGUUGCAUUUUUAUCCAACGAAGGGUAUUCAAUUAGUAGAAAGUCCUCGAAAAAACCGUUGUCUGCAUCAGAGAUCGAGAAAUCCGAUGUUUUUCUAAUCGGUUUCACUGAAGAAUACUCCAAAAACUCACAAUGCAUGGAUGAGUUCAAUCAUGCGAAAGCUCUGGGAAAAACUUUGGUUCCAUUUGUGAUCAGACAGAGUAUCUCCGAUAGUGAUUGGCUUUGUUCAAUUGCAACUGCAACUUUAUUCUACGACCUAUUCGAUCGGGAAAUAGAUUUGGAGUUUACCGAUGAUUUUGAUCUAGAAUACGAUAAACUAUUAAUCAACCUGUUACGUUACACGAAACCAGGUAGUGUCCGUCGGCCUUACGUUCUUCCUAGCAUUGCCAAAAAGGAAGAAGAUCAAGAGAAAGAGUGCCAGGAAGUGAUCUUUGGUAAUAAAUCCAGCGCAUUGCAGAAGUUGACACCAAAUGAAAUCCAACACUUGCAAGCAAAUUAUCAAAAGGAGUUAAAGGAAAAGAUUGCGAUGAACAGAAUUCCUGCUGAUGAAAUUGAUCCAUUAGUUGCCAGUUUAAUGGAAAUUGUUGACGAUCUUCAAUCAGUGCUAAGAGGUGACGAUCCAUAUAUCAACGAAGUUCAAGAUCAUCAACGUACAUAUUCGUCACCACAUCGAUCUUGGGAGUUCGAUAAAAAUUGCCAAGGUGUCAUCUAUGAAUUUAUGUGUUGUGCCAAACGUUGGUUAGCACGAGCGCCGAACGUGUCGAAAAAACAAUUCGCACCAUUUACACCUACGAGAGAUUUGAACGAUGCAGUAUUUUGUGUUUAUCAGUCGCCGGACAGUGAAAAGUAUCAACGAACGUAUGAAACAUUGGAUCAUUCACCGUCAGAGAAGAAAUCAAUCGGGAUAUCAAUUGCUGAUCCCGGUUCCUCGUUCAAUGAUGAACAGAUGCACGAUUAUUUUGCGAAACUAGUGAAAAAGUAUCGACCCGGUGGCGAUGUUGAAACGGAAAUAAAGGAGAAUGAGAUUGCGUGGCGAUGGAAGAAACCAACCGAAACAGACGACAAGCUUUAUAUUGGUAAUGAAUUGAAAACACCGGAGGAAAUACGGCAAAUCGAAGAACGAGACAAUCCACGCCGUGUUUGGAAAAAGACUCGAGGUGCAAAAGAAUUCAUUCAACAAAAAAUACGAAAUAUUCUCGAACUUCAAAAACUAUGCGAACAAUCGAAAUAG